CUUAAUUAUGCCUCUCCUCUCCUGCCUCCUCAGCCCCUCCACGGAUUUCCCCGCCAAACUAGCUGCUCACGAUACAUGCGACAGCUAUCGUUACAAACACCGCCAUCACUACCGCGUUACGAGUAUGAACACGCAACUCUCCCUCAGUCUCAAUGCUCCUCUUGCUGGUGGUGCAGAAGGAGGAGGAAGAGGAGGAGGAGAGCGUCAGCGUGGUCCCAGCCUCCGCCAACCAGCCAGCAGCCAGGCACCGCGAGCAGCCAGGUUCUCAGGUGGUUAGUGUAGCGCGGGCUGGCGUGCGAAGUGGAGGUAGUCGGGACGCUCGUGUGUAGGGUGGUGCGUGGUGUGGCGAGGCGUGACGGAUUAGACAUGUCCUUAUCUCGGCUACUGGGUCCACCACGUCUAAGUUGCUGUUGCAUUUUUUACCCAACCUCGUUUAUUCUAAAAGUCGCCUUCGUAAUCCGAUAAGAGUUAUUGACAUUGCUUGACGGUUUUCCAAAUUCUGUUGUUACUACUUGUACCACCACUGCCUCUACUUCCGUUACUAAGUACCUACAACGUGAUUUUAUGCUACUACUACUACUAUAACUCUACUACUACUACAACUGCUACUACUACUACAACUGCUACUACUACUACUACAACUGCUACUACUACUACUACUACUACUGCUGCUGCUGCUGCUACUACUAUUGUUAUUUCAAGCGAUCUCUGAUUUCGUUCUCUAUUGCUACUGAUGAUAGCUACUAUUACUACUACUACCACUACUAAUACUAAUACUACUUAUAUUACUACUACAACUACUACUACUACCACUACUACAACUAUUAUUUCUGCUGUCACAUAACACUAUCACUAUCACUGGUAUUACAUUUAUGGGACCGACGUAAAAGAUAUUGGUGCACCUUUCAGAAAAAGAAAAAAAAAAUUGGCGACAGACUGACACCUUUCCCUCAUCUCUGGCUGCUCACAAGGAAUAUGGAAAGUGCCCACAGACCACGAUGCUUUGAUCCGCCUUCUUAUUUCCUUUGGGAGCAGCUUUUCAUGGUUGCGCGAGAUUGCUCCGUUUGGUGCUGGUCUUGUUCCUGAGCAUUAAUAUUGAUUUUGUCCUCGUUUCCCGUAUAGAGCUUUGGUUGGACAAGGAAAAUAUUGAAGGGAGAAACUUGCUGGGAUCCAUUACUGUUACUCGUUUCUCGUAUAGAGCUUUGGUUGCACAAGGAAAAUAAUGAAUGGGAAAACUGUUGCUGGGAUCCUUUACUGUUAGGACUUCAAACAGCGAACUCGUGUGGAUAUGAUAACACACGUGCAGCAACGCACCAGAAACAUUUCCUCUUGAGAUAUGAGAGAACAGGAAGACUUGCUACGCUAGAUACAUAUAUACUGAGUGGCACAGCAGGAGGGUGGACGGAAGGCGGGAUUGGUUUACAGGUGGUUCAGGAUUCUGAGUGGACUUGACAAGGGAUAAACAAGCCUGAGAAAUUGCUAUACUAUUGUCUGGAUUUACUGUCGGCACCUCAGACAUUACUGGUGCUGGAGGAAAGAAUAAUACGAGACAUCUGAGUGGCGAAAAGACAGCUCAAGGGGAAAGACUCAACGAAGGCAAGGAACUGACAAAGAGAGCCGCGUCUACCAAGGGAGGCUGGAGGGGAUUGGCGAGGAACUCAAAAGAGGCUGAGGAGCGGAAGCAACAAUGGGCUGGUCGGAAGGGCUCAACAUGUCUUCCAGCGCCUCCCAGACCGCGGCGAGCUUAGGGGAGGGCGAGUGGCUCCCCAGCCCCGGCCAAGUUAACCACACGAUUUCAGCGAACAACACGGUUCUAGCGCGCCCCGACGUACUGGGCCCCGAGUAUCACAAGCAGCUUCGCAUGGGCAUCCUCGCCGUCAUGUUCCUCGUGGCGCUGCUGGGCAACUCCCGGGUCAUGUGGACGCUCCGACACAAAUGGGAAAACCGGGGACGAAUGACCAUCCUCAGCUUCAACCUCACCCUGGCCGACUCAUUGGUCACUCUCAUCACAAUACUAGGCCAGCUGCUGUGGGAGGUCUUGGACAUGCACUGGUACCUGUCCAACGGUGCCUGCAAGGUCUUCAAAGUGGCCUCGACCUUCGCCAUCACUUCCAGUAACUACAUGUUGGUGGCUAUCGCUAUCGACCGACACGAGGCGGUGGUGCGGCCCCUCAACCCGUUCAUCAGCGCCAAGAACCUGGUGCUGGCGGCCUGGGCGGUCAGCCUCCUCCCGUCCCUGCCCAACCUCUUCAUCUUCCUGAGGCACACCACCCCCGACGGCAAGGCCUACUGCGUGUCCAAGUUCUACACGCAAGAGCUGGAUAACAACUUCAGACAGGUGUACCUGAUGGUGGUGCUGGUGCUGGUGUUCCUCAUCUGCGAGAUACUGCUGCUGGUGCUGUACCUGAGGAUCUACUUCACCAUCUGGCGCAAGUCAUCUUACUUCAGAGGAGGGGUCGGCAAGAGAGGGAACAACGACAGCCAGAGGUCCAACAGUCUCCUUCCCAAGGCCAAGACGAAAACCCUGAACAUGACCAUCGUUAUCGUGCUCACUUUCUUCGUCACCAACACACCUUAUGUCGUCCAGGAAAUGAUGAUUGCUUUCGGGAACAUGAAGAGCAUAAAUCCCAACGUGGUGGCGCUUUUCGGCAUCAUCUCCGCCUCUAACUCAAGCCUCAACCCGUUCAUCUACCUCCUGUUCUGUCCCAAGGCGGAGAGAAGGUCGCCGGGAAGUUACAGAGUCACCUUCACUCGCAGAUGGAACAACGCCUCCAACAGCCACCCGCCCUCCACCCCAGCCUCUGCUCAGACUUUCAUCACGUCUGUUAACUCCUGCAAGAGCACCAAUUGAUAUUCAAUAGGUAGGAGGAAGGAGCACUGUAACAAGGGUUGACUGACUGGGGUAGGAGUGAAUAUAAAUAUUAGGGUUGAGAGGUCCCCAUGCGAUGAAUCACCACUUGGAAGAACCCGGUGCGUUACGUGUUUGAAAUAACGUUCAUGCAUUACUUUGUUUUGGUAGUUGGGUGGUGGUGUGUCGAUUCUCAACAGUUGCAGCUGAACGCACAAAUUAUUAUCUAGCCUGAGCCACGGCCCGGCACCAGCAGCUCGUGACCUGCCAGGGCCAUUAUCUACUAGCUACGCUGUCCACAAGCACGCUGAGCCCUGCAUGGAUAGUGGCCGAGUUCUGAGUAAGUUAAGCUCUGUCCGUAACUCACCUCUGAGAACCAGUUACUACAGUGAUGCUGCUCUUAACUAAUGAUAAAAAAACAUAUCUUUGUUGUCUUUUCUAUUUAUUUCUAUUUAUUCUUAUAUGGUGUAUUUAAUUACUUUUUACAGUAUAGGAAACAGCUCAAGGGCAAAAAAAUAAAAGGUACAAAAAAAAAGUCCGCUAAGCGCUGCUCCAGCAAAUAGAUUGAGUAUAAUGAAUGCAGCUUCUGGCUAUAUCUAGCACAAAGAAUUUGGAUAGCAUUGGGAUGAGCAAGAGUAGAAAGUCGUGUGCAGCGGGGCCGCGGGAAGGGUGAAAGAGAAGAGCAGCUAGCAUGGAAACCUCGAUGGAAGAUAUAAAGAGAGAAGUAUCAUACGACCUCUUAUCUUGGUAUUUUCCACUGAUCUUUGCAGGAGCAUCAUUUGAUUUAUUUUUUUAUUCUGCCCUUGAUUUGCCUCCUCUGGUGUCCCUAGUCGCACGCUUUUCAUCACUGCAACAGUAGUUCCUGUCUUCACACUCGUUCUAGGUGCAAAUAGUGUCUGCUUUCGGACAUUAUAUAUCUUUGGGAAUACUUUAUCUCCUUAGCAACCUUCUGCUGCUGUUCAAAAUGUUCCUCGUGAUCACUCUUCCCAUACGUCUCGGGGUUAUCCAUAAACACAUACUUAAGUAAACAUACCAUUAUAAAUACAGACAUAGGAGCCUACCUUUUUAUAUAUGUCCUAUCUACCAUAACUCGAUGUAAACUUCUAUAAUUUCUUUGUACAUUUUUAUUCUAUAUCGGCAUCAAAAUAUAAUGUAGAAUAUAUGUUCAUCGUCCUACUUGUUGUACAUACAUAUAUUGUUGAUGAAUGACUUUUACCCCCUCUAACUGACGGGCCGUGGUGUAGGGGAGUGAGUGAAUGUAUGUAUAUAUGUAUUUGUCGGGGCCCAUAUCCUCAAUCAUUUCGGAGCUUACACACCUACAUUUGCUAUGGUAUUGGUAGAGGUUGUGGGUAUUUCCAUGGGUAGUUUUCUGAGCCCAGUGAUAGCACCAUGAACGUGAAAAACACCCAUGGUAACCCGACUAAUCUCCUUUGUUGACUUUGGAAAUAGUUGUUAGGAGAACCGAAAGCGUCUGGGAAUACGGGCCCGGACUGGUUGAUCAGCCUACAUAAUGUACAAGAGUGAAAAAGACUUAUGUAUGUGUUCAGGUGGUGCAUUUACUCACUGCCUGUGUGAACAAUGUUUUGUAUUCGAUUACUUUGUAUCAGUAAACAAUAAAGCUGUGAUACGUAAAGACUCCAGUUCUUUGCGAUCCGUGUUUUGCGAAACAGUGGACGUGUUGGUCAUACUAUCUCGAGCGGGUGAUUGAUUUUGACGUUUGUUCUGCAUUUCACUCCAAACGUAUCAUUGUGUCCGAGUUUUAAUAGCAGGACAACAUCCCUUCAAGCAUAUCAAUGUACUCUAGUUAAUUAAUUCGCGGUGUAAUAUUUGAUGAAAUGUUGAGUUGGUUGUCGUAACGAGUCUUGUUUCGUUCAUAUUGUCCGUGAAGCUUAUACAGGACCUUCAGGAUUGCUGGUUUGUAUUAUUAUUAUUAUCAUCAUUAUUAUCAUUCCUACUACUACUACUACUACUACUACUACUACUACCUGCAUA